AACCUCUGAAUUUUCUUGCCAAAUUGAUGGAUGCUGCCAGGUUUUCAACACCUUGGAGAGCUAUGAACAUCAUUACAACAUGCUGCACAGGAAUGUGUGUUCUUCUUGCAAACGAGCCUUCCCUUCAACGCAUUUGUUAGAUGUUCACAUUUUGGAGUGGCAUGAUUCCCUUUUCCAGAUAAUGGCAGAGAAGCAGAAUAUGUACCAGUGCUUGGUGGAAAGCUGUCCAGAGAAAUUCAAGAGCAGCAAAGACCGCAAGGAUCACUUAAUCACAGUUCAUCAGUAUCCAUCUAAUUUUCGCUUUGAUAAAUCCCUGAAAGCGCAAAG